AACACAUUCCAAUACCCCCAUUCUAUACUCCAUCUUCUUCUUCUUAAACUAAAACCCUAAAUCACAUCUAUCUAUAUUUGUUUGUUUCAUCAUACCAGUUAUAUUCAUUCAGUUAAUGGGUUCUGUUCUAAUCCCCUUUUCUUUUUCUCUCUUCUUCCUUCUCUCUUAUGAUCUGGUUCUUUCGAAUCCCUUUCGGAAUAUUCCAGUUCCACCAAACAACAGCAGAAAUGAACGGACAUGUCCACCAGAACAAUAUAUCAGUUGCCGGGGCCAUGAUUAUCUGCUCAAAUUGCCUCUCAAAAACUUCCCCUAUCCAGAUACAAGAUGCGGGUUAUGGACCGUUGAUUGCUCAGAUCAUGAUGUCCCAACAAUUCAGAAUGCUCCGUAUGAUGAAUAUUCAUUAGAAACUAUUAAAGGAGAUUCCAUCAUCAUCAAUGACACACGUCUGGCUUCACUUAUUUCCGACAAGGAUGGUUGUGGCUUCGUUGAAGAAUUUUUUACUUUUCCAAGAACAGACACUUCUAAAAGCAUAAGCAUAGUAAACUACUCAAUCUCCCCCAACAUGACCGUUUUCAAAUGCUCUGAUCCACCUCAACAAUUUCAUUUUGUCGAUCUCUGUCCGGAUAAUCUUGGUCUCUAUUUUAGCUAUUCAGCUGAAGAGCUGAUUCAACCGAAUCCCACCUGUCACCCCAUUGUUGUGCCUAUUAUGUCAGAAACAGAGAUCAGAAAUCCAAACGACCUGUUUUCUCUCUUGGCUUCCCAAUUCACUAUUCAACUACAUCUUCCAGAACCAUGCUCAAAUGAAUGUCAUCCUAAUCGUAAUGCUAAAAAAAUUACAGAUUUAAAGAGGCGUAACACAAUCAUUCUUGCAACAGUUCUACCCGGAGGCUUUCUGAUUAUGGUUGGAGUUUUCAUUUUCAUCAUUUGGCAGCGUAAAAGGUUGAAGAAUUUGUUUUUCUAUCGGCCCUUCUCAAGAAAAUCCUCAUCAAGGACAGAUCUUGAAAGGCCUGUGUCUGAGUAUUUUGGAGCUUCUGUUUUCACAUAUGAAGAACUUGAAAAAGCAACCAAGAAUUUUGAUCAAUCUAAAGAAUUGGGAGAUGGAGGCUUUGGAGCCGUUUACCAUGGAAAACUAAGUGAUGGAAGAGAAGUUGCGGUGAAGAGACUAUACCAACACAAUUGUAAAAGAAUUAUACAUUUCAUGAACGAAGUCAAAAUCCUCACGGGCCUUCGCCACCCGAAUCUUGUUACUCUCUACGGUUGCACCUCGAGACAUAGUCGUGAGCUCCUCCUCGUCUACGAGUACAUCUCAAACGGCACAAUCUACGACCACCUUCACGGUGACCUAAUCGGCAAGGGAUUGCUCGACUGGCCGAUUCGAUUAAAGGUGGCCAUCGAAACCGCCGAGGCUUUGUCAUACCUUCAUCACAUCAAUAUCAUCCACCGUGAUGUCAAGACUACCAAUAUCCUCCUCGACGAAAAUUUCUCGGUUAAGGUUGCCGAUUUUGGGCUCUCGAGGCCCUUACCAAACAACGUCACCCAUGUCUCGACGGCUCCUCAAGGGACUCCGGGGUACGUGGAUCCCGAGUACUUUCAGUGUUAUCAGCUAACUGAGAAGAGCGACGUUUAUAGUUUUGGAGUUGUCCUGGUGGAGUUGAUCUCUUCAAUGCCCGCGGUUGACAUUGGUAGGCAUCGACAUGAGAUCAACUUGGCGAACUUGGCUAUAAAUAGGAUUCAAGAUUGUGCAUUUGACGGGUUGAUUGACCCUGGUCUUGGAUACAAGAUAGAUCAUAGUGUGAGGAGAAUGACUACUUGCGUAGCGGAGUUGGCUUUUCGGUGCUUACAAAAUGAGAAGGAUUUUAGGCCGACUAUGGAUGAAGUGGUGAAGAUAUUAAAAGAAAUAAGAGACUAUAAAGAUGUGCACAAGAGUAGAGGAAGAAAUGAAGGAGAGUGAUAUUAUUGUAAAUUUGUUUAUUGUUACAUUGUCUAUUUUAUAAUAAAACCAUAUAU